AUGCGAUUUUCACUGUUAAAGCUCAUUUCUGCAAGGUAAAUUACAUUUUCUCAAUGUUAUAUACUUACGCCGGCAUAUCAAUUUUUUGUGGGCGUUAAAAAUUUAAGCGGACUAAAAAUCAACCGUUUUUCCCUUUGCAGGUUCAAAACCAGCAUAAUGAACGGUCGAGGCAGGGUGUUUUACCUCGUAUGUAUGAUCAGUGUUCCGCUGAUUAUUUUGAAUCAAAUUGUUUUGACGACCCGACCAGCGUUGGUCGACACAAAAAACGACGAGCUCGAGGAGUGCCAUGCCUCCUGCAGGCUACCGGAGCCGGAUCCAUUUAAUCCAGCGGGCAGGACAGCACUCCUACCGGACUAUAAUCCAUUGUGGAAUUGUACGAACAACUUUGAGGUUCGAAGUAAGCUGAAAAAUGGAGUUUUAACGGUGGAGAAACGGGACGAUGAACAGUGUUUCUACAGGUAAUUUUUACAAUCUAAAAUAAGACUUUGUAUAGAAAAAAACAUAUAGUAUAUUGUAAAAAAAGUCUUUGGUUUUUUGAGAUUUUGACAUUUUUAUCUUUUCAGUUGCUUAGAAUUUCGAAGUGACACGGAAUUCAAUUAUACAGACCGGCUGGAGGUCCACAAAACCAGUAGCGUUGAUUGUGAAGUGGUUGAGGUAAACUGCACAACUGGAAAUGAGACAACUUACCAUUAUCUUCAUGUGCAAUUGAUUGAAAAGUAAAUUUUGCACAAUUUUUUUAGAGAUACUAUAGUUAUUGAGAGUCUUACUGAGCUUAGUUCCAACCAAUCUACCAUUGUUUUCAGACCUCCAAAGCCAGUAAAAUCCCCUGCAAAUGCCUCUAACGUGUUCAUCGUUCUUAUUGACUCCAUUUCUACCGAUCAUUUCAAACGUGCUCUCCCUCAAACCCGUUUGUAUCUCGAACGUUUUCACGGCGCCGUAACUUUUAACUACCUCAACAAAAUUGGCCUAAACACUCGACCGAAUGCCUAUGCUUUUUUAUUGAACGAAAUCCCGGAGAGUCUUCCCGGAGCCUCCGGAAAGUUUGUUGGGAGAGAAAAGGAAAUUUGUCAGUCUCCUUUGGACAACUUCACAGAUUUUGUUGGACAUAAGUUCAUGGAAAAUGGAUACAGAGGGUUCAUGAUCGAGGACUCGGGCGUCGGAGUUUUCAAUUCACCAAAUUGUAUCGGGUUUACGAAACAGCCAAUGGACCAUUACAUAAAGUAAGUUAUACAGUGAGCCUAAAUGUGGAUUUUAUCGGAAUAUCCCUAGACUGAUUCCUCUAGAUUUACCCAUAGAUAUCCUAAUCCAAGUAAAAUUUCUUUGAUUGCAAAAAAAACUUUUCCAGACAGUGGGCUCGACGGUUGGAGAACCUCACUUUUGAUAUUGACUACGAAUUAUACGACAAUCUGCAUGCGAAUCAGUGUAAAGACAGUUAUGAGACCGUCUUGGAUUCUUUUCAAGAUUUCUCAAAACUGUACCCAGCAGAGGCCAAGUUUGGAAUAAGCGCUUUGGUUCAUAUUGCGCACAACAAUCUGAAUGGGCUUUAUAGGACUGAUCUGAAGAUUAAAAGGCUUCUCCAGAGCAUGGAAGAGGAGGUGAGUUGACUUACCGCACAACGAAAGAUGAUUCAGUUAGACAAUUCCUUCUUCAUCAUGAUGGCGGACCAUGGGCCCAGAAUCGGGCCUUUUCGACGAACCUCAAUGGGGGAAUACGAAGACAACAACCCUUUCUUUGUGAUGACGAUUCCCAAAAGGCUGCGGGAGAACAAAUCGUUGCAACGGCAGCUGAAAAUUAAUGCGAACGAGCUUCUCAGCCACUAUGACAUUUAUGCAACACUGUUGGAAUUGGCAACGGUAGGGCUUUAAAAAAUUGCGUCUUUUUGCGCCAAUUUUUUAGCUAUUAGAGGCAAAUAGACUCCUCCAAAUUUUUAUAGAUGCUUUGCAGAAACAACUUUAAUUUCAGCACAAUCACAUGUGGAAUACCGACACAGAUUACCAUAAUUCUAAUUUUUCGCCCAAUGAAGUCUCUCUCAAAGGCUCUUCGCUUUUUCAUCCGCUUCCGUCGCCUCGAGACUGUGACUCGCUCAGAAUCCCCUUCCAAUAUUGUCUUUGCCAGAAGCGCGCCAGAAGAAUUCAAAACACAGAGCUCUACAUUCGAGCUGGCAAUGUGAUAACGAGCUAUAUGAACGAGCAGCUGAACACAUCAAAGUUCGCUGGGAAUUGUCUGGAGCUGAAGAUCGAUGAGGAUUAUGAAUACCAGUUGCACGAAUUUGAUGUGGGAAACGAUGACGAACAGGUUUAUCGAGUCAAAAUACGGGUCAAACCAAGCGGAGGCUUCUAUGAAGCGUUCUUUACUGUAAGCGUUUAUUAUUAUGUAUAUUUUUUGUCAAAAUGGGCACAUUGCAAAUAGACUAAAAGCUGGUAAAAUACGCCAAUUAGACUUUAUCCCGUAUUUCUUUGCCUGACGUAGAGUGUCAUAAAGAUAGAGUUAAAAAUAUUUUUUCAGGUCUCAAAAGACGAUAAUCUGACUUUGAUUAACACCGAGCUACCUCGCAUUGAUGCCUAUAAACAACAGGCCAGUUGCAUUCCCUCGGACUUCCUUCAGAAUUACUGUUACUGCCCUGAAGCCUCAAGGACGCUGUGA